AUGAGUGCUAAAAAAUUGGUGGGGCAUCUGGCAACGAUCUGUUUGGUCAGCACCUUUCACUGGGUUUUGUUCGCGGCGGUGGAGCGGACGGCCUGCAGUUCGGCGAAGCACGCGUCGACGAGAUGGGGUGGCCGGACCAAGGGCCAGCUACGGAAAGCUGAAGCACCGGAGCAUGGUCUUGUUGGCAGCAAUGUCGAUGGCACACCGGGGGAUGUGUCCAAGGAGGCCCCUGUGGGAGCAGGUCCAGGUGCCACAGUUGUUGAGCAGCACUGGGAGCACUUAGCCGUUGUACAGGCGCAGCCGUGUCGUCUCGUGGAUGACGUCGCGGCGGAUCUAAAGGCACGACAUGUUGUGGAAAGCGACGCAGGCCAGGCCUUUCCGGUGGGAUACGUCGGCAUGAAUCUGUUUGGCCAGUUGACUUACUGGUGUCCAGACUCCAACAGGUUGUCAACACCACAUCGAAUGGCAGCGAGCUGCCGGAUCAGUCCUUACCCAAACCAACCGAACCCGCAUCGGUCCGCGAGACGGCUCACCAACCCGGUCGCGCCAGACGCCAUCCCCCGGCGCCACAACCGGGGACUCAACCCAAACGCCCACCCUCGACGCAACCCGAAACUGAUGCUCAACACCCAAACACUCCUUCGCUAA